AAGCAUCCGAGCACAGCCGACACCUUCGGCAACCUCGGUAUCGCCUACGCCAGCAAGGGCGAGUACGACAAGGCGAUUGCGUACUACGAGAAGGCCCUCGCCGUCUUCGUGGAGACGCUGGGCGAGAAGCACCCAAGCACAGCGAACACGUACAACAACCUCGGCCUCGCAUACGACAGCAAGGGCGAGCAUGCCAGAGGCAUCCACUACUACGAGAAGGCCCUCGCCAUCAGGGUGGAGACGCUUGGGGAGAAGCACCCGAGCACAGCCACGUCGUACAACAACCUCGGCAGCGCCUACCACAGCAAGGGCGACUACGACAGAGCCAUUGCGUUUUACGAGAAGGCCCUCGCCAUCAGGGUGGAGAUGCUGGGGGAGAAGCACCCGAGCACAGCCGAUUCGUAUCUGGGCCUCGGCAACGCCUACUACAGCAAGGGCGAGUACGAUAAGGCGAUUGCGUUUUACGAGAAGGCGCUCGCUAUCACGGUGGAGACGUUGGGGGAGAAGCACCCGAGCACAGCGAGCACGUACAACAACCUCGGCAGCGCCUACUACAGCAAGGGCGAGUACGACAAGGCGAUUGCGUUUUACGAGAAGGCGCUCGCUAUCACGGUGGAGACGUUGGGGGAGAAGCACCCGAGCACAGCUGACACGUACAACAACCUCGGCAGCACGUACGGCAGCAAGGGCGACUUCGACAAGGCGGUUGUGUGCUUCGAGAAGGCCCUCGCCAUACAGGCGGAGACGCUGGGCGAGAAGCACCCGAGCACAGCUACGUCCUAUGGCAGCUUGGGCGUCGCCUACAAGCACAAGGGCGAGUACGACAGGGCGAUUGCGUUUUACGAGAAGGACCUCGCCAUCACGGUGGAAGCGUUGGGCGAGAAGCACCCGAGCGUAGCCACGUCGUACUUCAACAUCGGCCUGCUCUAUGACAAGCGCGGUGACAAGGAGCAGGCCUGCGCCUACAUUCAGCACGCGCUCGACGUUUUUGCGACCACGCUCGGGCCAGACCACCCACACACCCUCAAGGCGGAGCGCAACCUGCGGCGCAUUCGCGGUGGUGCUGUGACUAGGCAGCACACAUCCACGCAACACGUGUCAGAGUCUCGACUUCAGCAGCAACACGUGCUUGCUCAUCGCAACCUUCUUCUUCGGUUCAUCUCUUCUGCUGUCGUGUACCAGUCGUCUGCUCCACAACGCAACCUGCUCAUGCGGUUUCUUGGUGCAGUUGCACAUGCUGACGUUGACGCAAGACGCCCAGCAAACACAGGCAGCGACGGUGAGGACAAGAAGACAGGGACUGGGCGAGAUGCUCCUCGUGGCUGCUCUGUACCAGCAAGAGCGGUGUACAAGGACGCUUGUAAGUGCCCAAAUGAGCCACUGGCCGGCUGGUUGCGGAAGCGUGGGCAGUGGAACACCGCCUUCCGCACUCGCUGGUGCAAGCUUGACGACGACGGCCACCUCGCGUACGGCAAGUCCCUGGCAGAACGUGGGCGCAUCCCCCUUUCCAGCGUGCUAUCAGCUGAGCUCGCUCAUGGUGGCGAGGAGUUACACGUUGCUGUUCCCGGCCGGACCUUCGCCUUCCGCUUGCACGCGCGCUCUGACACCUCGCUCGCUGACUGGUGCACCGCCAUCAACAGUCGCAUCAACGCCACCACUUGA